ACCGCUGCUCCUUAGAAUAAAAAGAAGCGGGGAAGUGAAUCCCGAGCAGCACUGCAAAAUGUUAGAUUCUCUUGCUUUGCUUUUGGAGAAAACCUUUCUUCUUGCACAUUUUAACUUUUUCAGCCCAACUUCAUCCAAGCAGGAAAGAUGCGCAAAGCGCCGCGAGGACAGCACUUAUUUCCAGCGCGGGGAUCUGCUGGAGGUUCCUCGCACUUUGUUCACUCACUUUGGCAUUUAUCUCGGUGACAACAAAGUCGCGCACCUUAUGCCUGACAUACUGCCGGUUCUGACGAGCAACAGAUCUCAAAUCCAGAAAGUUGUGACGAACAAGAGAUUGCUCCUCGGUGUGAUCUACAAAUACGCCUCUAUACGGGUCGACACGGUGGAGGAUUUUGCCUACGGAUCUCCUAUUUUGCUCAACGCAAUGGAUACUACCCUGAGAAGACAGCCGCUGGCCGCUGAGGAGGUCGCCAGAAGAGCUGAAAAACUUAUCGGUCAUAUUCCCUACAGCCUUCUGUGGAAUAACUGCGAACAUUUUGUCACGUACUGCCGCUACGGGACAGCGGUCAGUCUGCAGACAGAGCAGUUCUGUGAAAGUUUAAAAUCAGUAAUUCGGGACCAGAGGAGUGUUCUUCUGACCACUUUCAUCGGAAUACUUUCCAUGUUUUUUCUUGGAAUAGCGCCGUCCACCGCACUUCCAACCUUUAUCGUUCCUUUCAUCUUGUGGAUGGCUGGAUAACAGACACUUCCAUAUGAACUAUUUAACCUAUCAAAAGUUUGUAUUUUUGGCUUUAUUAUAGAAUUGCUAACUUAAUCUUUUUCAUUGUUUUUACCUUCAUAUAGCCUAUUAACAUUUUACUUUGUUAUAAAUUUUUAUGACACCCUGUCUUUGAAAACAUGCUGUACAGUUUUAGCAAGUAAAUAAAUGUAAAUUCAAAUGACAAAGUGACCUUUUAUAUGCGUUUGCCUAAUUAUAGCACAAAUACAGGCUAAAAUAGAAUUUAAUUUCUUUAUUUUUUAUUUUUUUUAUUUUCACAGGGUUCCAUGAAGAACCUUUUAACAUCAAUGGAACCUCUUUUCAUAAAGUGGAAAAAAAGUUAUUUAGAUUAUUCAAAUGUUCUUCAGACUAUAAGAAAAAAAAGUUUCUUAAAAAAAAAAAAAAGUUCACUGAAAGGUUCUUUGAGGAACCCAAAAUGGUUCUUCUAUGGCACCACUGUGAAACCCUCCUUUGGAACCUUUAUUUUUACGUCCACAUGAAUAAAAC